AUGCCAGAUCUCACAGAUUUGCCUGCUGAACUCCUCAGUGAAAUUCUUUUUCUUGCCUUUGGCGUCGCUCCACGAUAUGAAGAGGGCUACAAUGAUAAAAGACCUCUUGACAUUAAAUCUUUAAGCCGUCUUCUUCUCGUCAAUCAGAAACACUACCUGGAGUUCCUACCGCUGGUUUACUCCCAGUGGACCUAUAAUGGGGCCCGACACAAUUAUAGUACGCUCUGGAAAUUUUUUCGUACUGCAGUUAGAAACCCCGAACUGAUAUCUACUGUUAAGGUACUUAAUAUCGGUAACUGGGGCCUUUGCGCUCCAAUUUACCUUGAUAAGAACCGCGAGCUACAGGAUCAGGACGAAAGGUUACAAUUUACAGUUGCUGACGAGGAGACCGUAAAGAUUGCGUUUCAGCGAUCAGGAUUGUUAGGAGAUCUUGCCUCCCAGAUUUCUGAUGCUAUCUUUGCGGGCCGAAGUGAAUAUCAGAGUCGUGAUCGGCGGCCUCUAAUGGCGCUUCUUCUAACCUGUUUCCCUUGUGUGUGGAAGGUAUAUGCGCACAUACCUGCGUCGGAUCCAUUCCUAGGAGCUGUUUUGCAGACAGCAAUAGGUCAGCAACAGGCCGGUUCAGGUAGACAGUUGACGUGGCUGCCCAGCCUAAAGGAAUUUUACGUCCUCUGUGAAGUUCCUGGGUAUUUUGAGGGAAGCCCGAAGUUGCUGGAUGACGAUAUCUAUGAUCCGUCGCUGAACUUGGGGGAUAUAUGGCCUAUCUUCUAUCUUCAAGGUCUACAUAGAGUCCAUCUCUGA